AACCGCCAUUGUACGGCGGUAAGAGGUUGUGUUAUGGUUCGGAGAUAGUGUUAUUCGGUUCAUUUGUGAUUCGAUUGGAUCUACGUGAAAAUAUACCAAUGUAUAGAUUUAUGGUGAAAUGGAGAACUUUUCUCACCAGCUUGAAAAUGGUGUUACCGGGUCAAACGCGGAUUUAACAUACUUGAGAGGGGUGAUCGCGAACCGGGCUUCGUCUGCCGUCGCUGACGAUCUCAAAACUAAACAAAGUAUUUGUAUGGAUCGCAGACAGGUCAUAAACAACCAGGGCCAGCUUCACGUGUCAGAAAACAAGACUGUCAUUCGAUCUGGAUUUCAGAGUCAAGGGUUCCAGGGAUUAGAAAAUACACAAAAGUUACCUAGGUCAUUAGAAGGGUUAAUACACAACGGCGGAAUGAAAGUGAAUCCUCAAAGUCAGUUACCCACUACCGUUAUAGGUAACGGAAUGGUGGAGACCGAGCGGAGUAUUGUGAUCGGGGGUACGUCAUACCCGGCACCUUCCAAGGAACAGCUUCUUCAUAACGCAAUGCAUCACAUUUCAGGAUCUAGUCACUACGUGUUGAGGCAGCAGGGAUCUAAUUAUUCCAGUCCGAGGUCAAGUAUGGGUAGUGGUGGUGAUUCCAAAAAUUCAAGUCCUAGAACUAGUCUGAUCAAUCCCCCGCCCCCUCCCCCCUAUGAACAGAGGUUCAUGAGUGGCAGUCCACGUUCGAGUCUAGCAAGUCCGAGGUCAAGUUUAAGUACAACUUCAUUGGAAUCCAAACCUUCAAGUCCACGGACUAGCCUUGCAGGAAUGUCCGGAGUGCUGUAUGAUAAAUUUCCAAGUCCAAGAACUAGUUUAGCAAUAUCACAGGAAAGUCUACAAAAUUUACAAUUGGGAAUGCAUCACAUGUCAAUGCCUAGAAGUAAUAUACAACUACUUAAUGACAGUCGUUUUAAUGAAGGGGCACCCCCUGCUUAUAUCUAUACUGACCCUCGUGCUAGAACGUUGUCUUCUCAUAACCACACUAGUGUUAACAUUACGCACUCUCAGACAAACAAUGUCAACAGCAAUAACAAUGUGACUAAUAUAAAUCUACUUAAUAAUCAAAUGAAUCGGGUUGGGAGCUCUGAUAAAAGCUCCCCGUCACACUCGGUCCCUCCAGCUUUACCUGCCAGAAAGCCAAUAAACCAACAAACACAGCCUAAGCAUUUAGACUUUGAGAAAACUUUGACUGCUCUUACUCAGCAGUUGGAGGAAAAUAUACGUGUGUCAGCUUCCAGGAAAAACUCUUUGGAUUCUCAGUCUUCAAUUCCCAAGGAGCCCCCUCCGCCAUAUCAUGGUCCCCACAAUACCGAACUACCUGUGCUACCCCCAAGAAAUCCCCGUUAUACUAGUCCCAAGCCCUCGCCCCAGCCCCAGGUGUUUGGUCAACCAUCAUCUUUGGGGUCCCUACCCACAUCCCCAGCCCACAUGGUGCGGACACCACCCUCAGCUGCAGUCAAGCCACAGGCACAGCUGCAGUACCAGGUACCCCAGUCACCACGGGGGUUGACCGAAGCCGAAAAGAAAGUGGCAGCAUUGACACAGCAGUUAGAAGAUGAGAUGGAGAAAACCCCGCAGGGGGAAUACUUUGGACAGUGCUUUGCAUGUGGAGAUCGUGUGGCAGGAUCCAGUGAAGCAUGUCAGGCUAUGGGCAACCUGUAUCAUACCAAAUGCUUCGUUUGCUGUUCCUGUGGUAAGUGAAUUAAAGGAAAGGCAUUCUACAACGUCCACGGGAAGGUUUACUGUGAAGAGGACUACUUGUACUCUGGGUUCCAGCAGACAGCAGAGAAAUGUUGUGUUUGUGGUCACCUCAUCAUGGAGAUGAUCCUUCAGGCGAUGGGGAAAUCAUACCACCCUGGCUGUUUCCGAUGCUGCGUUUGUAAUGACUGUCUAGAUGGUGUUCCCUUUACAAUAGAUGUAGACAACAAAAUCUACUGUAUUACCGACUACCACAGAGUGUAUGCACCCAAAUGUGCAGCGUGUGGCCAGGCCAUUACACCCGUGGAGGGUACAGAGGAGACUGUCCGUGUUGUAUCUAUGGACAAGGAUUUCCAUGUCGACUGUUACCAUUGUGAGGACUGUGGUAUCCAGCUGACUGAUGAACCAGACAAGCGGUGCUACCCACUAGAGGAUCACUUGUUCUGUCACAUGUGUCACAUUCAGAGACUUUCCCAGCAGUACCCUGAUGAGACCUUCUACAUAGAUCCCUACACACACAACAUACAGAAUAAACUGUAUCGUGACGCCAGUGGAAAACAACGUGACAGCAUUGCCAUUAUGCCUGCAUCUCUAGAAUCAUACCCCCAUCCACCGGGGCCCCAGUCAGAUUCUGCAUUCUCACAGGAGCAAGAACCACAAUUAGCUCCCAGGGACUUAUACGGACCAGGCCAGUCUCCAACUGUGUCUGGGUGUAACAGUGGCCCCUCGACCCCCACCCACAAACCUACACAGAAUGGUGUGGUAGGGUACAUAGACUAUGGGAAUAAUCAAUACCGAGGCUCUAGUCCCUUCCCACAACAACCAGCCCCACAGGUUCCCCCAGCCAAGCAUGCUGCAACACGUUACCAGAUCACUGACUUGUAGCUCUUCAUUCAUCCCAAAGUCAUCAUAUAUUUUCACGAGUUUUGUCAUAAUUAUCUCAUUAAUCAUUUACGUUGAUAUUUUAACUGCAGUUAUUGCCACACAGAGGUUUUUCAUCAACAGUACGAAGCUAUACAUCACUUAGACAUAGUUGCCAACCUUUUAAAAUUUCCAGGGGGAAAAGGGGUGGGGGAUUGUUCAUGUUCCAAAUUUUGAGUCCAUUUAAGACCUAUAAUUGACAAUUAUUAAUGACUACAUUUUUAAGGUGAUCCUUCUGUUGGACGUCAUCAAUUUUAAAUAAACUUUUGUGUAAAUUUAAGGUAAAUUUUGGACUCUUCCUGCUAACAAGUAGGGUUGGCGGUCUUGUGCUUAAUCACUUAGUACCUCGGGACUUCCAGUGGGUGUACUUAGAAGUCACUGUAUCAUGUACAGGUUCAUUAAAUACAUUUUUCCGGUUUUCAUGAUUUGGUCAGGCACAUGUUCAACACUAUGAAUUAGAGAAUAAGGUACUUAUUUAUCCCUAGGUUUUUCCAGAAAGCCAAUAUAACUUACCCAUAAAAUUAAAGGAAACUACUAUAUAUUAUAUCACUGUACAAUCCUGAUAGUGCUAACUAGAUUAUUUAAAUGUUUGAUAUGAUUGACUCUGUGUAGUUUACUUGUAGCGACCAUGAAGGCAGCUUUGAUGAUGAUUUAUAGCUUUUUUAAACUAUAGAAUUGCUUGCUUAUAGGCAUUCAAGAUGUUAACAGCAUUUCUUUUUCUAUAAUUUCUGCUUUAUAAAGUAAUUUUGAAGCUUUAUGUUUCCCCCAAGAAUAUCAAUCACCUUUCAGACAUAUUAAGCUUUGUAUGUUGUAAUCACUUACAACAAAAAUGUCUCUGUUUGAUUAUUGAUGCAUUAAACUUGAGAUCAUUCUGAAUCGUGAAAUAUCAUAAACACUUUUCAUUAUUGUUACCCAAAGGUAAGCGAGAGUACAGUAUUACAGAUUGUUUUGCUUGUGUAUUUUAAGGACACUUUAUGAGACAGUUUCCUGUUUUCCAAUAUUAAUUUUUUGAUCAUUUGACAGGGUAAGUCAGUUGACAGUUUAUAUACACCGAUAGUUAUUUUAGUAUUUUGUGUCACAUGGUUUUAAAAAUACAAGACAAUAGAAAUGUUAAGCAACCUUACAUGUGCGUGUGUAUGCAGGCUACAUGUACACGUUGAUGUUAUCUGGAACGCUUUUUCAUGUUGUACAUAUAAGUGUACAUUUAUGAAGGGAUGUUUUAAGCUUCUAUUUUGAUCACUUGAUUUCUAAAUAUUUUGUAAGUAAAGCAAGAAAGACAGGUGCUCAAAAACAUAAUCUACAAAAAAUUUCAUUGGGAAAAUCUGUCAUUCAGACACAAUUGUCUAUGCGUUUGGACUUAAUUGUAAUCCCUGCGCUACAAGUUGUUGCUACAUAAAGCAGUUGAAAAAUCACAUAAAUCGAUGGCACCAUGCACACAUAGUUCUAGGAAAUCCCUUUCUACACGUAGGGUAGCUUAACAUCUAUUUUUCUGCACUAAGUGUAUUCAGUUAAGUUUGAAAGCUUUGGAAUUCUGGAUUAUCAUUACAUUACAUUGCCAGUAAGUUAUGGUCUGUGCUAGGGAGCACUUGUUGAACACCUAUUUCAGAACUAGUAUGCUGGCCAGUUAAAGCUGGACAGUAAAUGUAUUAUAAAUUUUCUUUAAAAUCUGCAUUUUAAAGAUAUCAUAGUAUACUAUUAUGUACUUUAAAGCUACUUUUAAACAGAAUGAUUGGUUAUGGUUUUUGCAUAAUAGUUCAGUCAUUAAUAUAUUUUACAUCCAAACAGCUGUAUGUUAAAUUGUUGAUUAAAAUAAUAUAUUCUGCAAUAUUAAUACACAUUAACCUGAUAAAAAUCUAUACAUUACAUAAAAAAUAGAUCUGAAGAAAUAAUAAAGUGUAGACUGUUACAGGUAUCGCUGUGAUUCUAGUAGACUGGAAUCAUCAUAACAGUACCAUUAAAAUGAUUAAGUUUCAAUAUCUGUAAUCUCUUAAAACUUGUAGAUAUGGAAAUAAAAUAUUCUUAACUGUGAGAGCAAAGGGCUGAUGGUGAGUCUAUUUUAGCUGAAAUUUUUCACAUAUUGUAAAUUUAGCUGAAAUUUUUCACAUAUUGUAAAUUAAGGGAAAACUUAGUAUAAGCUAGCAUGUGUUAACAUAUCCUGAUUCUGUGGCAAAGUGCAGUAAUAAACAUUUUUAUGUAUCUUUUUUUAAUUUGUAAAUGAUUGCUUGUUUCAAUAUCUGUCAAAUAUUUUGUUAAAAGUUGAUGAUUUGUAUGUUUGGCCUGUAAUAUGUUUUGUAGUAGAGGAUUUUCUGUUCUAUAUAAAGUAGUUUUGUUUGUUGUUAUUCAAUUUGAAUCUGUCUCUAUCUUGUUGUUAACAAGUUAUUUGUUAUGUUUUGUACUGCAACCUUGCUAGCUCACCCCUCCCCAACCAUGUUCCUUCCAGUAUCACUACCCGUCAUAGCCAUUUUCUCCCUCAACUGGUCGCUGUCCACUCAUGGUUGAACAUCUAUAAAUCCUGGCCAGGACCUCGGUAUCCCUCGACUCACUUGUACCUACUUUUUCCUUUGGGUAAGGAAGUAAGGAGAAUUACUGGUUACUUUUUACAUCAGUAUAAGAAGUUGUUCCAGCUGAAUACACAUACUGUAAGUCAAACCCUGCCAUUUAUUAUAAGUUAAUGAUCACAUGUACAUGAACUGAGUGAAAUUGAAGGAGAUUUUAGUUCCUUGUAAACAUGUCUCUCCUAUGAUAAGGCUCCAAUAUUAGUUAAAAUUGCGUUUACAGUCUCAUGAAAAGUUGUAUGCUGCCAUUGUUCAUUACACAGAUCUAGGCUACCAUUGGUAUUUACAGAUGUAUGAACCUUCACACUAGCAGUUUAACAUGCUCCUCCCUUGACAUUCAAGGGGCCGAGUGGUUAAGGUGUCCCGACACUUUAUCACUAGCCCUCCACCUCUGGGCUGUGAAUUCGAAACCUACGUGGGGCAGUUGCCAGGUACUGACUGUAGGCCGGUGGUUUUUCUCCAUGCACUCCGGCUUUCCUCCUCCACCAAACCUGGCCCGACCUUAAAUGACCCUGACUGUUAAUAGGACGUUGAACAAAAACAAAACAAACAAAACAAACCCUUGACAUUCAUUAAUACCCAUGAACACCCCCAUACAUUUGCCAAUCAAGUUUAUAUAGAUCCAUGAACCCAUAUGUUCUUCCAUCGAUAAAGAUAUCAAUAAACACUCAUACAUUGCUAUUGAUAUUUACAGACCAAUGAAUCCUCAUGCACUUGUCAGUGACAUAUUAUAUAUGCUUUCCCUUGAACUUAACUUCACUGCCAUUUCAAUUUAUGGACACAUGAACCCUACUACUCUGCCAUUAAUGAGAUGCAUUAGAGAAUCACAGUAUAUUUGCAUAUUUGUAACGUUAUCAUAUACAAAACUACAUAAAUUAAUUUACCCCUGAAACUGCUGUUGCAAAACAGUUUAUGUAACUUGGUCUACUACAUAUUAUAUCGUGGCAUAUGUCUUUAUCUCUCAAUUUACCUGGCAGAACUUGUUUGGAAUAAGUGCAGUGUGUCGAGUCUUUACUUACUAAAAGCAAUCAAUGUUGAUGAUUUAUUCAUAAGAUUUUUUUUAUUGAAAGCAAUAUAUUACAGGUGAUGUCAUCAGGCUUUUUAUACCUUGGUGUAAACCUUUACAUUGCAGCCUUUUUAAUCUGUACUUCUAUACUCCAGACUGAUUUCUGGGCAAUUGUUUCUGGAAUAUCUUCCUGUUGUAGGCAAUUACUGAAUGUUUCCUAUGUGUUUCUAAGUAACCGAUAUUAUUGUGGAAAUGAGGUCCCAUUUGUCCUGCUUUUGUAUCGUUCAGUGUUCUGUAGGGAUGCAGGGUGAUUGCCCCACUGUCAGUAUUAGUACCAUUAAUUAGGGACGCCAUCAGAGCUGUGGAGAUCUGUUUGUUAUAGGUUUUUGAAUGACGUGUUCUAAUGAACAUGUUUAAUUAUUGGUUAAUUGCUUUGUUUAUAUAAUAAGUGCUUGUUGUUGUACUAUGUGUGACCUGAGAGGUACGGUUUAAUGCCGUCAUACAGACUGAGCGCGAGGCCGGUAUGACUGUUAACAUUGUUCCCUUAGAGAUAUUACGUAUGUAGAAAGAUUGUUCAGUGGGAAGUUUUUAUUUAUAUAACUGUAUAUUGAGAAUGAAAAUAUUGAUGUGAAGAGAAUGAUCAGUUUUAGGCAUGUUUUUCAUUGUUGUACAUUUUCAAUUAUAAAGACGUUUAUACAAAACAGAAAAAAAAGAACAUAAGAUGGAUCUGAAUUUGGUGAACGUCUGUGGUGUUACAUUGAGUAUUGGUCCCGUAGUCUGAGCUUGGUCCAUUGACUUCAAGCUCUAACACAGUGGUGUCCUGUAACUCGUCUCUUUAAAGUCCGACAGAAUACACAUCACCACUGUACACUUGAUACUGUAGGCUUCAGUGAUGAUCUGUUUUAAAACAGAUUGCCAUGGAAACAAUACCAACAUUUCCAUAUGUAUGAUUCUGGACCCUAAUAUUCCUUUUUAGUUGUAAAGUUUCUUGGCCGAGAUGUUGUUUGUAUUGUACGUUAUUGAGCUGGGUAUAGGACUACUGAGAUGGGUUAGGACUGUAGGUAGGACACAAGUAGUGUUGGUCUCCACAUGUGGUGCUAUCUAUAGAGACCUAUACUACAGCUGUCUUAGGACACCAAAUUGUGAUUACCAUGGAAACAAAUAAUACAAUUGUCAUAUCUCUCAAAAUAAUGAGAAAUUAUAAUAUGGUUGUGCUGGUUUUGUUGCAUGUUAAAUUUGCUGAUUCUUGUUACAUAUUUUGUUUUUGAGGCUGAACGUAAACAUGUUUCUUUAUUUUGUCAGUUAUUUUUUAAAUGUGAAAAUAAGUAUUUUGACUGCCUCCCAAACAUUCCUGUACUUUUACCUUUUCCACUUAGACUUACUAAAGUUCAUUAAAUAAUUUUCUAAAUGGAACUCUAAUUGAUAAAGACUAAAGGUUCAAAGUGUUCAGUCAUGAAUUGAAUAUAUUCCUUAUGUGUUCAGAAAUAGACUUCUUCUUGACAUAUUUUUCAUUGUUUGUGCAGGUUGCAUUCAAAGAUACCACUUGUGGAUCAUUUAAAGUUGAAAUCUUUAAACGACAAAUUCUGAAUCAUUCAUCAGUAUUUGGCCAAAUUUCCAUCACGAAUAUGAAAUCAUGCUGCUGAAUUUGCACAGUAAGAUCUUAUGAAAUUACUGAAAUAGGAGACAAAAGUAAACAUGGUCACAGCUAGUGUCUUUGAAUGCCUGCCACAUGUUGAUUUCUGUGUUUAACGUGCCUAGUGAGUUUGUACAGACGUGUUUGUUACAGCAAGCCUGAUAUGUGGGCUGCUUCAUUUAGCUUUAUUUAUAAAAUAUGGAUUCACCAAUAUGAAGGGUAGAUAUUUUGCUGAAGAUGAAUAAAAAACAGAAAAUAUUUAAA